UACAGCUUCUACCCACCGACACCCAGUAAAUUUAAUAGUCAUACCAAUUGAUUUUUUGUCAGUUUACUCAUUGUGUUAUUUUUACAAAUACAAUAUAAUAAAAACUAUUAGAGUUUUUAGUAUGAUUAAAAAAUUAAAAAAUAUUUAAUUUAUAAAUGUGUAUAGGUGUACUUGUAGUAUGCAUUGAAAGAGCUACAAGACUAGUGAAGUCUCAGCAAUCCAGCGGCAAGGAUUGUAUAGCUGUGUUUAAACUACAUAACCCAGUUGAAACCGUUCUUAAGGUUAAUAUUUAUCAUUUAUAUUAUUGUUAAAAACAUAAAUUUACCUGAUUUGUUAAUUUAGAUUAAAAAAAGUUUAGAGUCAUUGCGUGGUGCUCUGUUUCAACGUCCUCCAUUGAUAGCAGCUGUAAAACGGCAACUACGUAUUCAUACUAUGUUCGAAAACAAAUUAUUAGAUCAUGAUCAAGAUACCUCUACAGGUAUCAUUUGGUUAAAGUGUGAGGCUGGUACUUAUGUAAGAACACUUUGUGUUCAUUUAGGUUUAAUGUUGGGUACAGGAGGUCAAAUGAUUGAACUCAGAAGGAACCGUUCUGGUAAGUUUUUUUAACAAUUAAAAAUAGUAUGUAUAUUUUAAUUUAUGCUACAUUAUGUAUUAUAAGGAAUUACUAGUGAAGAAGAAGGACUCGCCACAUUGCAUGAUGUAUUAGAUGCACAGUGGAUGUUUGAAAAUAAUAAAGAUAAAUCCUAUCUCAGGCGAGUGGUUAGACCUCUGGAAAGCAUACUUACUAAUUAUAUAAACGGAUUUUUGUCAAGGACAGUGCAGUAAGUUAAUUCAGUAUGAGAAGUAACAAACUAUUGAAAAUCUUGAUCUAAAAUACUAGUAUUUAGUUUCAUGAGCUGAAAAAAAAAUUAAUUUUAAACUUUUGUGAUUUAAUAGUUAAUUCAUAAUGUAUGUUUAAAUAAAUUUUAGAUUAAUGCAAUUUGUUAUCGAGCAAAAAUUAUGCUUCCUGGAUUACUAUGAUGAUGGCAUUGAGUUAAAUAUGGAAGUUGUCAUAGUUUCAACUAAAGGAGAAGCUGUAGCUUUAGGUAAUUUCCAAACAUUAUUACAUUGUUUUAUGGUGUAGAUGUAAAGUGAGAUGUU